AUGGAUAUAGACAAAGAACUGGAAAUGGAAAGUGAUAAAGCUGGAGCCCUAGAAGAAUCGAAAAUGAGGCCAGACAAACAAGCAGAAACAUGUGAAGGUGAUCCUAAUGAGAGUCCACUAUUACGGGUUCUGUCCAGCAAUGUGACUCUCCUGGUCCCAGAGUUCUUGGAUCCAGCACUUACACCGGAUAAGGCCUUUACCCAUGAUGUCAAAAACAUACAACACAUGUCUGCAGAGGAGUCCAAAGUUCCACAGCCCGAGAACAUAUUUCUCCCUGAGCAAGAUGGUGACAUCUCCAGUUUCUCAGCAAAACCCAUGCAGCCCAAGAAAGGCGACACCCAGAAUUCCUCAGCAAAAACCAUCUGGCCCAAGCAGGGUGACACACCCAGUUCCCCAGAAAAAAGCAUUCCAUCCAAGCAGGUUGAUAUCCCCAAAUCCUCAGCAAAAACCACCCUGCUCAAGCAAACUGACACCUCUAAGUCUUCAGCAAAAACCAUCACGCCCCAGCAGAGUGACACCCUUAAUUCCUCAGAAAAAAAUAUCCUGCUCAAGCAGGAUGACACCUCUAAAUUCUCAGAGAAAAACAUCAUGCCCAAAUGGGCUGACACCUCCAAUUCCUCAGUCAAAACCAUCCUGCUCAAGAAAGAUAACACUCCAAAGCUCUCAGCCAAAGUCAUUUUCCCCAAGCCGGGUGAUGCCCCCAGAUCCUCAGAAGAAACCAUCCAGCCCAAGAGAGAAAACACCCUCAAGUCCUCAGAAAAAAACAUUUCACCCAAGCAGGGUGACACCUCCAAAUCUCCAGAAGAAACCAUCCAGCCCAAGAGAGACAACACCCUCAAGUCCUCAGAAAAAAACAUUUCACCCAAGCAGGGUGACACCUCCAAAUCUCCAGAAGAAACCAUCCAGCCCAAGAGAGAAAACACCCUCAAGUCCUCAGAAAAAAACAUUUCACCCAAGCAGAGUGACACCUCCAAAUCUCCAGAAGAAACCAUCCAGCCCAAGGAAGACAACACCCCCAAGUCCUCAAAAAAAAACAUCCCACCCAAGCAGGGUGACAUCUCCAAAUCUCCAGAAGAAACCGUCCAGCCCAAGGAAGACAACACCCCCAAGUCCUCAAAGAAAAACAUCUCACCCAAGCAGGGUGACAUCUCCAAAUCUCCAGAAGAAACCGUCCAGCCCAAGGAAGACAACACCCCCAAGUCCUCAAAGAAAAACAUCUCACCCAAGCAGGGUGACAUCCCCAAAUCUCCAGAAGAAACCAUGCAGCCCAAGAAAGACAUUACCCUCAAGUCCUCAGAAAGAAACAUUUCACCCAAGCAGGGUGACAUCCCCAAGUCUUCAGAAGAAACCAUCCAGUCCAAGAAAGACAACACCCUCAAGUCCUCAGAAAAAGUCAUCCAGCCCAAGGAGGAUGAAAACCUCAAGUCCUCAGAAGAAACCAUGCAACCUGUAGAAGAAGACAUCUCAGCGGAAGAAAAAGUGGAGCUCUUGAAGGUCAACAUGGUGAAAGUGAUCCUGAACAAAGAGGAUUUCGAGUUGGCGCUCAAGGAGGCCGGGGAGAGGCUGGUGGCCGUGGAUUUCUCUGCCACGUGGUGUGGGUCUUGCAGGACCAUCAAGCCCCUUUUCUGUUCCCUGUCUGUGAAGAACGAGGAUGUAGUGUUCCUGGAAGUGGAUGUUGAUGAGUGUGAAGAGCUGGUGAAAGACUGUGAGAUCAUUCGCAUUCCAACCUUUCAGUUUUAUAAAAAAGAAGAAAAGGUGGGUGAAUUCUGUGGUGCCCUUAAUGAAAAACUCAGAACAAUCAUUGCAGAAUUAAAGUAA